AUGUUAAAUAAUACAGUUUUAAUAAAAAAAAUACCACCAUUUAUGAACGAAUUGGUAGAAGCUUAUAAUAUAUGUUAUGGUGGUUUAAAUAAAAUUGAAAAAUGUGUAUUUGGCAAAAAGGUAGUAAGAAGAAUAAAUAUGAAAGAUACAGAUAUGUAUCAACUAUGCAUAAUACAUUAUCAGUUAUGUAAUAAAGAAAAGAUAUAUAAAAUAUCAUAUAUUCAAGAUGAUUUGGAUUUAUGUAAUAGUUUUUUUGAUAAAGAAUCAAAAUUGUAUUUAUCUAAUGAUGGUAAUUUAGGAUGUUUAUUCUCCUAUAAUGAUAAAAAGUUAAGAAUAGAUCUUUUUAAAAAUGAAUCAAUUAAUGGAAAGUUUUUUUUCACAUGCAUGAAUAAUGUAUUAAUUAACGAUAUUCACAAAAAGUUUUUUAUUCAUGAAUCCUUUUGUUCUUUUAAUUCUAGUAACACUUUAUUAAUAUAUAGUGCUGAAAACGAUGACAUUCGAUUGAAAAAAGAAAACAACUUACCUCCAAAAGAUAUUGAUAUCUUAAAAAAACUCAACAAUGGUGUUUAUGUAGAAACAUUUGGUGAAAAAUAUAAUUGCUCUUUUUUUUAUUUAUAUGUAUAUAAUUUAUUAGAUAAUUCUAUUAAAUAUAUAACAAUAAAAGAUGUAUCAAGUUGUUAUUAUAACCCUCAGUUUAUUGAUGAAACUUCUUUUGUUUGUUUGUCAUAUAGAACAGUACCAUAUAGAUUAGGCAUAUAUGCUUUUAAUAUUAGAUCUAAUGAUUUAUACUUAUGUACACUGAAUGACUCAGACAUAGAUACUUGCGAAGAUAAAAAAACAAAAAAUAAAAAAAAUUAUAUCCGAUGUGCUUAUGUAAAAUUAUCAGGAAAACAUUUCAAGCACACAGCUUCUCCCAUUGUUAUUAAGCAUAAUGAAGAAGUCUAUGUUGCAUGUCUGGUGGUUUUUAUGAAAAAUGAAGAAUGCAAGCAACAUAUAAUGGAGUAUAAUUUAGUUUUAAUUAAAUUAGUUAAAGAAGAAGCAAAACAAAAAAAAAAAAAAAAAAACAUACAAGAUGAGAAAAAUGAACACUAUUAUGACAAUAAUUCUUUUUCAAGUAUAGGAAGCAGUGAAGAAAAUUAUUACUAUAAUAACGAUGAAGAAAAAGAUAUAAAUAAAAGAAUGAAAGCAGAUAAUUUUUGUGAUCAUAACGACGAUGUUUGUAACUAUAAAAAAUUAGAAACUGAUGUAAUCAUUAAAGAAGGAUAUUAUACUUCCUAUUUCAGAGGCUUAUAUACUGAUGAAAUAAAAGGAUACUGUUAUCCAUAUAUAUUUUUAAACACUAUUUUUUAUAGUAGUAAAAUUAUUAUUGCUGUUCAUAUGUUUACAAAAAAAAUAUAUAAAAUUCUCAUAUAUAAUAUAUAUAAUGAAAACGAUAUAAAUACAAGUAUAGAGAUUUUAUGCAUGAAAAAUGACAAUAUAUUUGUGAGUAUAAGAAAUAUGUUAUUAAAUGACGUCUUAGCUUACUGCAUAUUUAAUGAAGCAAAUAUCAAGGGUGAUUAUAUAUAUUUAACUAAUUUAAAAAGUUACAAUCUGGAUUUCUUGACAUAUGAUACUAUAAAAAAAGAAAAAAGCAUCCUAUACUCUAAUGUUAAUGAUAACUCAAAAAAAUUAUUUAUGAUCUUAAGUGAAAUGGAAACAUGCUUAUUUAAAGAAAAACAUCCUUAUAUAAGAAGAAAAAAUCCAAGUUUUAAUUUAUUAUAUGAAGAUGAACAGCAUUUUCUAAAUGAUAUACAACACAAAGGACUACAUCUUCCCAAUUUUAAUUUAUUUAAUGAAAAAAAAUUAAGAAAUUUAAUUUUAUAUAUUCAUGGAGGACCCUAUAGCACUGUUAUAAAUCAAUAUAAAAAUGUUUUUAUUUUUUAUGCUGCAUGCGGUUUUGAUAUUUUAUGUAUCAAUUAUGUUGGCUCUUUAAGCUUUUCUGAUAAACCAAAUAUAUUAAAUGGAAAUGUAAAUUCAAUUGAAAUAAAUGAUAUAAUAGAAAACUUUAAAGAUUUCAUUAAUUAUUUCGGAGAUUAUGAAAAUGUAUAUUUAUAUGGUCAAUCAUAUGGUGGAUUUGCUGUUUGUUCUAUUUUAACAAAAUAUAAUCUAUUUAAAAGUGCUUGUGUAAUAAAUGGAUUUUAUGAAUGGGUGCUAUCUGCAUAUUCGUCUGAUAUUUCUGACUAUUUUUUUAAUAUGCCAUUAAAUAAAAAUUGUGAAUAUAAUGGUAAUUUUAAUAAGCAAGAUUACUCACGUAUAUAUGAAUUAUCUCCAAUAAAUUUUGUAGAAAAUAUUUCGUGUCCUGUUUUAAUUAUAUGCGGAAAAGAUGAUGUGCGUGUUUCUUAUCAUAAUAGUGUAUCUUUAUAUAAUAGAUUAAGAGCAUUAAAAAAAAGAUGUAAAUUAUUUUUAUUUGAAAAUUGCAAUCAUUCUAUUGAAAAUUACUUUCAUGAAGAAACUAUGCUUAUGAACGUUAUCUUAUGGUUUUAUGAUUAUGAAAUAAAAAAAAAAAAAUAG